AUGGCUCACGGCUUCAGCGAGGUGAGGAAUAUCAACUCCUUUAGAACUCACUGCAUGGGAAAAUAACCCUGGUGUGGUGUUCUCAUCAGCUUUAUCAUUUGCACAAAAAUGUCUGCUGUGAGUGAGUUUUAUUCUGCUUUGUUUCUUGUUGUUGAGGGCCCCAUGGCUAGAGUUCAUCCCUGUGACAGGGUUCUGUAACUUUGUGUGUGGAGAGCCCUGGAGUACUGAUGUGCCACUAUCAGAAUCAACCGGUCGAACGUCUUCAAUCGACACACUGUUUGACCUGCAGACUUCCCAACAUAUAUCCAGCCCUUCAGACAUGGUGGACACAAUAUAUGGGAUUGAAAUGCCUCUGUGGAGACAUUCGAGGGCAGCCCUGCUCCAGACCCCAGCCAGAAAUAGCAGGCACCCAGCGCCUGAGUGGAAGACCUUCUGGUGAGCUUGGAUUGUCUCAUUGGCCAGCUGACCUACGGAGCAGGUCAGGUCUAAGUGCUCCAAGACGCGGAAACAUGUGCACACCAAGGACGACUCCCCGGUAGACUCGUCUUGAAUAAACUUGUGCUUUUUAUUGGGGCCCAAAAAGGAAUGUGUGACAGCAGCCAAAGCUGUAAGCUGCUGCAGUCCAACAUGAAGUCUUUGACUAAUAAUUGUACUUCCCAUUUUCUGUGAUGCCUGUAAAAUAGACAUGUUUGGAAUUUUAUAUUAGGGUCAUUCUGGGUAGAACACGUCCAAACUAUUUAACAGAAGGAUAGUUAAUUCGGUCAAAAUACACAUUAAGAGGUACAGCAAUAAAUAAUUUGGUGUAGUUCUGCAGUGUAGCUGGCUAGCAUGCUAGUUAGCUAACGUUAACGGUGAUAGCUAACAUCAACCUGGUCCUCCCCUAAAACAUCAGAUAAUGUACAUUGAAAGGCUUAGCUUGCUAGGAAAAUAAUAUUAAUUUAGCUAAUCUAAAUCACAACUAUAGCACGACACAACGAUUAACUUACUUUUUCCUAACAACUUCGUGUUGCAUGCUACAGUUCCAGGUUCUAUGUGAGCUUCAACCUAGCUCAAACUCUCCUCCAGUUGUAAUCCGUGUGAGCGCGUGCGCAAACAAGCGAACUGUUUGCCCGCUUGUUGCUAGGAGACAGGAAAAGAACCAAACCAACGGUCGCAGCUGUUUAUGUCCCACCUACGUACUUCACUAUUGGUCAAAGCAAGCCAUUAUCGUCAUUUCCUGAAGGUUUACUCCUUUUCUAAUGGACUGUUCCGUUGUCAUUUAAAAUAACGCAUAAUACUGUAGUUGCAGGCAAGUUUUGUUUACCUGCGGUCUGAUACGCCUCGUUGAGUUCAAGUUGAAAGAAAUCUAUUUUGUUCUUCUCAGGGCUGAUAUUUGGAGAUGGUAUGUAGCUCUACUUUAGUAACUGUUAUCUAUAGUUUCCUAGCUAGUCAGUUAGCAGUUUCUAUUUGUUCGUUGAGCUAGGUAACGUUACACAGGUGGGUUUCAAGCUAGUGAGCUACUGUAGCAACUCAAGUCUUUGCAGCAGCCAUUCUGCAACGUUGUGGCUAGUAACGUUAGCUAGCUGGUGGCAAAAAUAACGUCAGCUUUUUAAGAUCACUUUCACAGGGUUUAGCAACUAUAACAUUUCAGUUUGCUAAACUUUUGCAUGUAGCUAGAUAGCUAAGUUGGCUUAUUGUGUUAGCGUCAUUGACUUGGGGCCCAAGUGCUAUUUCCUUGAUAGUUUAUCCUAGUAAUUUCCUCCCCCAUGCACAACAUAUUUUCAGUUUGAAUGUGUACCAUCUCACUGAGUAGCAGUGCCCAAAACAUACCCUUUACCAGCCACAUGGUAUUUAGCUAAAUAGGUAACAACAUACCUUUCAUUCAUAGCCAAUUUAUCAAUGCACUUCAGAACAGUAGUAUAUACAGAGUGCAUCAAAAUGUGAUAUUCUGAAUAGAUGUUAAAUCUGACCUGUUACCAGCAUUUGGCUGGUAGUGGAGAUAGGCUAAUUUUAGGACCUGCACCUCAUCAACUCAAGUUACAUAGGGUAACAUUAGCUAGCCAUCUACACUAAAACUUAAAGCGAUACUAUACAUUUUCCCCUUAUGAUCAGUUUUACAGGUAAACUCUGACAGCUUGUUGUUAUGUUACAGACUUCAGGCUACCGAAAACCCAACACCAUUUCCAACCAGAGGAAAAAGGCAGAUCCUAAACCAGACUUGACAGAGGAACAAAAGCAGGAGAUCAGAGAGGCCUUUGACUUGUUUGAUACAGAUGGCUCAGGAACAAUUGACGUGAAGGAACUCAAGGUAGGCUAUACCAUAGAAUAUAAACGGUUCACUCAGCUAGUCACCAUAAUGCCAUCCACUGUUUCAGCGUAUGCUUAUUUUUUUAAUUUUUUUAUGUUGUUUCUUGAAUAUAAUUUUUUUAUUUCUGCUGCUCCAGGUUGCCAUGCGUGCCCUUGGCUUUGAACCAAAGAAAGAAGAGAUCAAGAAGAUGAUUGCAGACAUCGACAAGGAGGGAUCUGGGACCAUUGAUUUUAAUGACUUUCUCUGUAUGAUGACACAGAAAAUGGUAUGUAUUUUCUUAGUAAAGAAGAGAUUAAAGGAUUGGUUCACGAUUAUACACUGAACAAAAAUAUAAAUGCAACAUAUAAAGUGUUGGUCUCAUGUUUCAUGAGCUGAUGAAAGAUCACAGAAAUUUUUCAUACACACAAAAAGCUUAUUUGUCAAAAAUGUUGACAUCGCUGUUAGUGAGUAUUUUUCCUUUGCCAAGAUAAUCCAUCCACCUGACAGGCGUGGCAUAUCAAGAAGCUGAUUAAAAAGCAUGAUCAUUACACAAGUGCACCUUGUACUGGGGACAAUAAAAGGCCACUCUAAAAUGUGCAAUUUUGUCACACAACACAAUGCCACAGAUGUAUCAAGUUUUGAGGGAGCAAGCAAUUGGCAUGCUAACUGUAAGAAUGUCCACCAGAGUUGUUGCCAGUGAAUUCAAUGUUCAUUUCUCUACCAUAAGCAGCCUCCAAUGUCGUUUUAGAGAAUUUGGCAGUACGUCCAACUGGCCUCACAACCGCAGACCGCGUUCUUCACUUGCUGGAUCGUCUGAAACCAGCCACCCGGACAGCUGAUGAGACUGUGGGUUUGCACAACUGAAGAAUUUCAACACAAACUGUGAGGGAAGCUCAUUUGCGUUCUCAUCGUCCUCACCAGGGUCUUGACCUGACUGCAGUUCAGCGUCGUAACCGACUUCGGUGCCGUCUUCAAUCCCUGUUUCAACUGUACCGGGCAGAUGGCAGACAGAGUGCAUGGCGUCGUGUGGGCGAGCGGUUUGCUGAUGUCAACGUUGUGAACAGAGUGCCCGAUGGUGGGGUUAUGGUAUGGGCAGGCAUAAGCUACGGACAACGAACACAAUUGCAUUUUAUCGAUGACAAUGAAAAUGGAGAGAAAUACCGCAACGAGGUCCUGAGGCCCACUGUCAUGCCAUUCAUCCGCCGCCAUCACCUCAGCAUGAUAAUGCAUGGCCCCAUGUCGCAAGGAUCUGUACACAUUUUCUGGAAGCUGAAAAUGUCCCAGUUCUUCCAUGGCCGGCAUACUCACCAGACAUGUCCCAUUAAGCAUGUUAGGGAUGCUCUGGAUCGACAUGUACGAUGGUGUGUUCCAGUUCCCGCCAAUAGCCAGCAACUUCGCACAGCCAUUGAAGAGGAGUGGGACAACAUUCCACAGGCCACAAUAAACAGCCUGAUCAACUCCAUGCGAUAGCGAUGUGUCGCACUGCAUGAGGCAAAUGGUGGUCACACCCAAUACGGACUGGUUUUCUGAUCCAAACCUCACCUUUUUUAAAGGUGUCUGUGACCAACAGAUGCAUAUCUGUAUUCCCAACCAUGUUAAAUCCAUAGAUUAGGGCCUAAUUUAUUGAUUUAAAUUGACUGAUUUCCUUUAUAUACAGUGCAUUCGGAAAGUGUUCAGACCCCUUGACUUUUUCCACAUUUUGUUAUGUUACAGCCUUAUUCUAAAAUUGAUUAAAUUCCUUUUGUCCCUCAUCAAUAUAUACACAAUACACCAUAAUAACAAAGCGAAAACAGGUUUUUAGUCAUUUUUGCAAACGUAUUAAAAAUAAGAAUCAGAAAUAUCACAUUUACGUAAGUAUUCAGACCAUUUACUAUGAGACUUGAAAUUGUACUCAGGUGCAUCCUCUUACCAUUGAGUCCACCUGUGGUAAAUUCAAUUGAUUGGACAUGAUUUGGAAAGGCACACACCUGUCUAUAUAAUGUCCCACAGUUGACAGCGCAUGUCAGAACAAAAACCAAGCCAUGAGGUCGAAGGAAUUGUCCGUAGAGCUCCGAGACAGGAUUGUGUCGAGGCACAGAUCUGGGGAAGGGUACCAAAACAUUUCUGCAGCAUUGAAGGUCCCCAAGAACACAGUGGCCUCCAUCAUUCUUAAAUGGAAGAAGUUUGGAACCAUCAAGACUCUUCCUAGAGCUGGCCGCCCAGCCAAACUGAGCAAUCGGGGGAGAAGGGCCUUGGUCAGGGAGGUGACCAAGAACCCAAUGGUCACUCUGACAGAGCUCCAGAAUUCCUCUGUGGAGAUGGGAGAACCUUCCAGAAGGAUAAUCAUCUCUGCAGCACUUCACCAAUCAGGCCUUUAUGGUAGAGUGGCCAGAAGGAAGCCCCUCCUCAGUAAAAGGCACAUGACAGCCUGCUUGGAGUUUGCCAAAAGGCACCUAAAGGACUCUCAGACCAUGAGAAGCCAGAUUCUCUGGUCUGAUGAAACCAAGAUUGAACUCUUUGGCCGGAAUGCCAAGCGUCACGUCUGGAGGAAACCUGGCACCAUCCCUACGGUGAAGCAUCAUGCUGUGGGGAUGUUUUUCAGCGGCAGGGACUGGGAGACUAGUCAGAAUCGAGGGAAAAAUGAACGGAGCAAAGUACAACGCUUCCAUCUGGCCACUCUACCAUAAAGGCCUGAUUUGAAGAGUGCUGCAGAGAUGAUUGUCCUUCGGGAAGGUUCUCCCAUCUCCACAGAGAAACUCUGGAGCUCUGUCAGAUUGACCAUCGGGUUCUUGGUCACCUCCCUGACCAAGGCUCUUCUCCCCCAAUUGCUCAGUUUGGUUGGGCGGCCAGCUCUAGGAAGUCUUGGGGGUUCCUAACUUCUUCUAUUUAAGAAUGAUGGAGGCCACUGUGUUCUUGGGAACCUUCAAUGCUGCAGGAAUGUUUUGGUACCCUCGACACAAUCCUGUCUUGGAGCUCUGCGGACAAUUCCUUCGACAUCAUGGUUUGGUUUUUGCUCUGACAUGCACUGUCAACUGGUGUGUGCCUUUCCAAAUCAUGUCCAAUCAAUUGAAAUAACCACAGGUGGACUCCAAUCAACUUGUAUCAACAAGGAUGAUCAAUGGAAACAGGAUGCACCUGAGCUCAAUUUCAAGUCUCAUAGCAAAGGGUCUGAAUACUUAUGUAAAAAAGGUAUUUCAUAUUUUUAUUUAUUUUUGUGCAACAUUUUUAAAAACUACUUUCGCUUUGUCAUUAUAGGGUAUUGUGUGCAGAUUGAUGGAUUUUUAUUUAUUUAAUCAAUUUUAGAAUAAGGCUGUAACGUAAAUAAAAUGUGGAAAAAAAGUCAAGGGGUCUGAAUACUUUUUGAAUGCACUGUAUGCCAAGAGUCUGCAAAGCUGUCAUCAAGGCAAAGGAUGGCUAUUUGAAGAAUCUCAAAUAUAAAAUAUAUUUUGGUUUGUUUAGCACUUUUUUUGGUUACUACAUGAUUCCAUAUGUGUAAUUUCAUGGUUUUGAUGUCUUCACUAUUAUUCUACAAUGUAGAAAAUAGUAAAAAUAAAGAAAAACCCUUGAAUAAGUGUGUGUUCAAACUUUUAACUGGUACUGUGUGUGUGUGUGUGUGUGUGUGUGUGUAUAUAUAUUCCGUACUCUGACAUUGCUCCUUCCGAUAUUACUUAAUUUCUUAUUUUUUGUGUAUAUUGUUUUCUAUUGCUAGAUCCAAUUUGUAAGUCGCUCUGGAUAAGAGCGUCUGCUAAAUGACGUAAAUGUAAAUGUAAAUAUAUUACUGCACUGUUGGAGCUAGAAAACACAUGUAUUUGAAAUCUUUUGCAGAUCUUUGGUUGGAAUUUUGUCUCCUCUACGUAAUGUUGAUAUAUUGUUUUUUUUGUUUAUCAGAAUGAAAAAGACUCAAAAGAAGAAAUCCUAAAGGCUUUCCGCUUAUUUGAUGAUGACGGCACAGGCAAAAUUUCCUUCAAAAAUCUCAAGAGAGUUGCCAAGGAUCUUGGCGAAAACCUGACAGAUGAGGAAUUGCAGGUAUGUUAGGAUAUAACUUGUAACUUGUUGGCAUUCUGCUCACAUCUAAACAUAUUCAAUGCAGAAAUCCUGACUGUUAAAACGAUGUAUCUUUCAAAGGAAAUGAUUGACGAAGCAGACCGAGAUGGAGAUGGAGAGAUCAAUGAGCAGGAGUUUCUAAGGAUAAUGAAGAAGACAAGUCUAUAUUGAAUGUCUUAUGUUUCCCAACGUUUAUUUUCCACUGCUGGAACGCUCUCACUUAGAUUCCUUAGAUUCUUUUAAGGGUACUUUAUGAUAUAGCAUUUAGUGGCUUUUUUAAACAGAUCUAUACACAGAUUUUUUUAUAUUUUAGAAUUGUGUAUAUUUUUGUAUAAAUCAUAGCUUUUAACUUAGUUAUAGUCUCCUCUUUACCAUGGAAGUGAAAUUAUAUUGUUUAUUCCAAGGAGCCUUGCACCUAACAUUACUGUAUGGCUCCUAUGGCUAUUUGGUUCCCUCUUGUGACACAUGAAAUAAAGUGCAGCUGUAAUUGUCUUAGAUGAUUUAGCCCUUUUCUCAAGUUCAGUUAAACCGUUUGAUUAUUUAAAUAGCUUUUGAUUAUACACUUCACAUUAUCUAGAC